UUCCUGCCCGUGAUUCGGCUCUCUGAUCCCCCGUAGCGAGCAGUCGGAGCGUUACAAUUGUCAGUUUCGUUAGUCUGCCGCUUUUUAAGGUUUGUUUUCGGCUCCAUGUUGAAGUUUUUUGCGUCCAGAGCACAGACUCUCACAGCCGCAUACACUGUUAGCCCAGACUACACUCCGUGCACACACAGAUACAGUACGCACGCAGACACACACGCGCAGCCCUCGCCUGAUUUGCACUAGCGCGGGUCAUUUUAGGUUAAACCCUGGCGCUGUGUCCCGUUCAGUUUAGCCGACGGAGAUCAUCACUGGUUCCAGUUGAGGAGGAAUGCACAGGCGCUGGGACUCCAAAUAAUAUUUGGGAUAAGACCUCGUCUUUCAUAUGCGGUGUUUCUCUCGGGGAGCUCAGCAGCUCCUCAGCGCUGCCUGGAGUCAGACUUCGCCACUUCCUCUGCUAGGUACCCAGAUGUCUGAGGAGGCUCUGAGGAUGACGUCUUGGCCUUGAACCCCACCAGUAUGUCAGAGCCAGCAGAAAAUUGCUCCCCCCGCUGGAAAGAUGAGGCCAUUCAAAAUGGGUACAUUCCAAGUUACCUGGACAAGGAUGAGCUAUGUGUAGUGUGCGGGGACAAAGCCACAGGCUAUCACUAUCGCUGCAUUACCUGUGAAGGGUGCAAGGGUUUCUUCAGGCGGACCAUCCAGAAGAAUCUCAACCCGACCUACGCUUGUAAGUACGAGGGAAAAUGUGUCAUCGACAAAGUGACCAGGAACCAGUGCCAGGAAUGUCGCUUCAAGAAGUGCAUUGUGGUGGGAAUGGCAACCGACUUGGUUUUGGACGACAGCAAGAGGCUGGCCAAGCGGAAGUUAAUCGAGGAGAACCGGGAGCGCCGCCGGAAGGAGGAACUGCAGAAGACAGUGUGGGAUCGACAGGAGCCCACCCAGGAGGAGUGGGACCUCAUCCGUAUGGUGACUGAGGCCCAUAUGGCCACGAACGCGCAGGGCAACCACUGGAAGCAGAAGCGGAAAUUCCUGGUCGAGGAAGCUAUGCUUCUUAAUGAAAUAACAUGUAAUUUAUUCUAUACUUCUGACCAGAGUGCAGCGGGGGUGAAGGAAACUAAGCAAGAGGAUAUUGGUCAAGCGUCCAUGGUCAAUACACCUGAAGGAAACAAAGUGGAUAUAGAAGCCUUCAGUCAGUUUACAAAAAUUAUCACCCCUGCCAUAACCCGAGUGGUGGACUUUGCCAAAAAACUGCCUAUGUUUUGUGAGCUGCCUUGUGAAGACCAGAUCAUCCUGUUAAAAGGCUGUUGCAUGGAGAUCAUGUCACUGCGAGCUGCUGUUCGCUAUGAUCCGGAGAGCGAAACCCUCACGCUCAAUGGCGAGAUGGCAGUCACGCGAGGGCAGCUUAAGAAUGGUGGCUUAGGCGUAGUAUCGGAUGCCAUCUUCGACCUUGGCGUGUCGCUGUCCUCCUUUAACUUGGAUGACUCUGAGGUGGCUCUUCUACAGGCCGUCAUCCUGCUUUCAUCUGAUCGGCCGGGCCUGAGUAGCGUGGAGCGCAUCGAACGCUGCCAAGAAGAGUUCCUGCUGGCCUUUGAACAUUACAUCAACUACCGCAAACACAAAUUGGCGCAUUUCUGGCCCAAGCUGCUAAUGAAGGUGACGGACCUGCGGAUGAUCGGCGCCUGCCACGCCAGCCGAUUCCUUCACAUGAAAGUGGAGUGUCCCACCGAGCUAUUCCCUCCUCUCUUCCUGGAGGUCUUCGAGGACUGACCAAUGGAUUUUAGUGUAUGUGUGUGUGUGCAUGUAUGUGUGUGUGUAAGUAUGUGUGUGCAUACGUCAGCGCCUGGGCACCCUGGUGGUCUCAGGGGUGGAACCAGCAGAAGGCCCGUCACAAUGAACUUUCUAUUAGCACUACUGAGUGUCACUUCAUUCCAUAGUUUAGGAGUAGCUCUCUGGUCUAGUUUUGGAUGGAACCAUUCCUUACAGUGCGGGUACAUGUGAAUAGCAUUUUGCUCUUUUUUUUCUUUUUUUUUUUUGUUUUGUUGUUGUUAAUGUUGUGGAUAUAACCUCUCACCUCGGAUUUUACUCUAGUUUUUUUUUUUUGUGUUGAUGAUUGUACAGUUUGCAUAAUGGUGAUUUUAUCAACACUUGUUCAUUCAUUAGAAACCAUGCAGAUGUUGUAUUUUCCUUCCUUUAUGUUGAAAAACUCAAGAUGGCUGCUCACCUGACACACAUAAUAAGACGUUGGUAGUGAUCCGUUAGCCCUUUCCCCCCACCUGCUCGACUUUAUCAGACCUAUUUGUUGGUAUAUUAACUGGCAUAUAGUCAGUCACCCAUCUGGUGAGUGUAUGAACUGUUCAGUGCCGCACCAUCAUACUAUGACCUGACCCACGAACAGCAACACUUACUCUAAUGGUCGACAGCUCACAGGCCUUUGUAAGUCGCACAUAGGGGUAGCCACACAACACAAGUCGCAAUGCGGCGUUCUAGAAAUGUCGGAAGAAUUUGAAUUUUGCAGAGUAGGAACUCGAGGCAAAGAAAGAAACCUGGGCAAGAUUUGGCAACAUUAACUUUUCUGAGAUGGCGUUAUUUGACGGCACAUCUAUCCAGCAGCAUACUCUGUUAACACUACACAACAAUACUGUUUAUAAUCCUCAAAACAAGAGUUCAUUUUUCAGUUAAGUACGACCAUAAUUCUGCCCAAUACCCGCCUUUGUUGUAAGGAGCUAAACAUGAAGGUUUGAAUUGUGAAGGCUGGCAAACUUUGCUAAAUAUCAUGGACCACUUUAGGCGUUGCGUUAAGUCAGGAUAUUAGGGCCAUUGCAGAAGAAAAAAAAAACCUCAUAAAAAGAAAGGGGAUGGUAUUUUGGGAAAAUAGUCAAAUUUAUAAGAUUUAUUUUGGAAAUGUGAGUAAAAAGCAUCUGCCAAAUGAAUGUAAAGAAUUUGACACCUAAAUAAGUAAUAUAAGAGACGGAUUUUAUACAUUUAUUGAAGUACACCACGUAGCUUUGCCUUUGACAUGUAUGUUCACGUUUGUAGAAAAUUUCAAAUUAAAAAAUCUGGUCAUUUAUAUCAAGCAAAACCCAUUCUAAAGAGCUUCUUCAUGAGUAUUAAUGAUGCUGAAUUGAGGAGUUAAUGCUAAUGGAAUAGACAAAUCAUAUUUUAGUUUAUAUUAAGAGACUAUAAUGUUCAUAUGUAACGUUUAUUCAUUUUAACCAAAACGCUUUUUGGUUGCAGCGCUCCAACAGCAUUUAUAUAGUAACUAAGAUAUUUAUAUAUAAUCUAAGCAACUACUCAAAGUGCUUUACAACAUAAGCACCAUUCAGCCAUUUACGCACACAUUCAUACAUUGGUAACCAUGGCGACCAUACAUUUGGAAGUAAUUUGGGGUUCAGUAUCUUGCUCAAGAUAUGAAUGACUGACACUUCCGAUUGGUAGACGACCAAGCGCUCUACCUCCUGAGCCACAACCAUCCAAGCUCUGCGACUUCUUAUUUGUUAGUAUUUGUUAUUUAUUCUAUGUCUUAUGUUGUAGCAAAGAGAAUAUCUUUUUGGAGUUUGGAGGAUUGGUUCAACAAAAUAUGCAAUUUGAUGAUCAUCAAAUUAGUCAAAAAAUUAGUUUAUUGCAGUCCUUAACAGAUGCAUUAUUUAUAAUCCAGUAUUUAGAAUGGCAUAAGUACAUCGAUCCAUGGCCCUAAUACUCUGUCGCAGCUGCAUUUGGAAAGAAAAAAAAACAGUAUUUUGGUGAAAGAAACCUUGCUUGUGUCCAUGUAUUUUUGGCCUCAUUUUUACAACCAACCAUGCAAACACACUAUGGUUGUAAUUUCAAACCACCCAUUGUUGAUUCAAACUUCCGACAUUGACAGGAACGCAGCAGUAGCAUUGAAAUGAGCCUGUUCCAUAUUGCCAGAGACUGGUCAGGACUAACUAAAGCACAUAAUGACACUGAUGUCAGGAAAAGACAAUCAUAGAGUACUCGUUUUUUGUGUGACAAUGCCACAUGCUGUGCCAAAAUCAAGUGAAUGAUGCCCUCCUUAUUGUAUCCCUGCUGGGCUUGACUGGUUAUGCUAUCUAGUGCAUGCCACUCGCACAGAGUCGUCCCUCGGACUCGUGUUUUAGUCCACAUUUGCAGCUUCUACAGUGCAACCGGUAUGAGUUUUAAUGUGUUUCAUCUCGGCCAUGUUGCCUCACAAGUCCCACAUACAAUGAUUUUAACCGUCUUUUUUUUCUCACAACUCCCUGAAUAUGGGGUAUGUUGAAAUAGUGACGUCAUGGUGCUAUUGUGGGUCGGGGAAAUGGCUGGUUGAACUUUAUUGUUAUUAACAUGCAGAAAUGAACAUUAUCUGUUUGUAUAACAGCCCACCACCUUCUUAUGAUGGCAUGCGUAUACACUAACACACAAACAUGCAGAUACAGUACAAACGUCAACCUGUACACAUACUGUACACAUGCACAUAUAUGCAUGUGCCUCGAAAACAUAUGGGUCGGACCCCACCACUGUGACCAACCGGUGGGAUUUGGAGGCCAAGUGAACAUUGGCUGACCCAAAACAGUAUGAUUCAUCAUCAGCACGGUACACUGAGAAAGCUGGUGAGAUUGUGAAAACGUAGCGCUCUUUCCUUUCUUUUACUUUAGCCGGUAUGUCUUUUUUUUGUUGUCGUUCUAAAAGCCUCCCUGGUAUUGUUGUUUGCAAUGUGACAAACAUUUGCUCUGUAUAUCUCGCUUUCUCAAGCUUCACACUACUCCUCAAAGCAGCUUGUGUUUUUUUCCCCCCUCUUUUCUGUGAAGUGAUGCCUUUUAUCAAAGCAAUAGACUUGCUGCAGUGUUUGAAUGACCCGGACCUCACACACACACCUCGCAAACUGUACAGACUAAAAAAAUAAAAAUGCACAGACAAUCAGAGGGAGAGAGAUUGAUGGGGGAGCUGGCACCCGGGCUCAGGCGGACCCAGUUGACAAAUAGGGCUGGGCCAUGCUGAGCCAGAGCCAUUUGGAAAAGUAACAUUGGCCACGUUUACAUGCACCCCUGUUGUCCAUUGUCCUGUUGAGGUCAUCUCUAUGUCAGGGUGUUUGCAGGAACCUUUGAUAGCCGUGACUGAGCCUGCCUGGUGCCACUGGUAAACCAGUUAACAGAGUAGUCCUGGUAGACAAAACAUAACAAAGAUCAAAACAGAUGUCCCAUUAGUUACUACUCACUGUUGUUUAUGCUUGAUAGACACACUGAAUAAGAAGAAUGUGUGAAUGUCAGUUACCACAAGCAGUGACUAGAUGAACAAAGAGGGGAAGAUAUAUCUGGUCAGUUGUCACAUUCGGGGCUGGUUGCACAUAUUGUAGACCAAUCUAUAGACUUAGGUCAGUCUUAAUUCUUAGGCUUGUCUAAUGGCCCUUUUCAACCGAAUACUCCCAGGAACUGAACUCAGGAACUGAAUGAGGACUUAAAGAUCCCUUUGUUGCAUUUGUGUUUGCAUCUGAAGAACUGUGAGGAUUAGACUUGCAUCUUACAUUGGCAAAUUAGUCCUAAAAAGUAUUAAAAGGAAUAAAAAAGUAUGACUUUGUUUGAGACUUAAUUUCUUAAUGCAAUGAGAUGACAACACCAUUAUCUGGUUGUCUUUUGUAAUGUACUCCUAUGACUGGUGGAUGUGCAUUGAAACAAAACUUGUGCUUACUCUUACCUCUUUAUUGAACUUUAUAGACUUUUCAGCUAGUCUCAGAAAUUCGGCUGCAUCAACAACAUGGAAAGAAAUUCCCAUGCUAAGCCCCAUGCUGUUCUAGCAACAAGUGUUGCUUGGUCGCUUGGUCGUGUUCUGUAGCAGUUUGGAAGCUUGUUCUUGACAGAGGUAGGACCAGGUCAUUGUUUUGCAAGUCACAAGUAUGUCUCCAGUGUUUGCACACAAGACCCAAGUCAAGACAGGCAAGUCCCAAGUCAAGUAUCAAAUCAAGACUGUCAAGUCCCAAAUCAAGUACCAAAACAAGACAGGCGAGUCUAGAAUCAAGCCCCAAGUCAAGAUAGGCAAGUCCCAAAUCAAGUUCCAACAAGUCCCAAGUAGAGACGGAGAAGUCCUGUGUCAAGUCCAAAGUCCUUAUUAAAAUUUGCAUAUUAGUUUGUUGGAAGUUGUUGCAUCUCCAUCUGUAAUUUUAUACCCGUGUGUUUUGCAUACCUUAAUUAGUAUUUGUUGACUAACACUUAGCUUUUGUACAUGAAUGACUUAGUCAGUGGUAUCAUUUUUUUCCCACUAGUACUCAGUACUGUUAUUACAUCAUGGUUCUCUCCUGCAACAUGAUUGGAUCCUACUGAAUUGGUUUCAACAAAGUGGAUAAUUUGGGAACGUUUGUAUCGACUUGCUGGAAUGGAUUAGGGUUAAAGUCUCAGGAAAUGAAGGGGAUUUAAAUGAUUCAUGGCACAGUUUUUAAAUAACAAACUUUUUAAUCUUUGGGCUCGGGGGAAGGUAUCAAGUAUUCUAAGGUCAAAAGGCUCAAGUCGUAAAUCAUUGGUGCUAAAGACCGAGUGGAGUUGCAAGUCUUUCUUUUUUUAAAAUUUUUUUUUGUCAAGUCUAAACUCAUGAAAUAUGUGACUCUAGUCUGACUCGAGUCCACACCUCUGGUACUUGACCCGUCUGCGGCAUCAGUACUUAAACUCCACCCUGAUAGCUGCUGGACCUUCAACACAUACUACCUCAGGAGUAGAGACAAAGUAUGACCGAGGAACCAAAUCUGGAACUAUAUUUCAGGGUUCCUGCACAGGUUAAGGGCCACAAUGAGAGUUGCACAAAAUAAAAAUGGAGUCAUUUCAAAGUUGCAUUAGUUGACUUUUUUUCUGAGACUAAGGGACAGAACUUUACAGCAAGUUGACAGACAUACUACGUUGACGUAGAGUUGGUAGGUUGUUGUGGCUAAUGUGUUGGCAAAACUAUGCACAUUUGCUCAACUAGCAGGAACAGAGUAGCACUUGCAUUCACUUGGAGUCUUGCUUCUGACCAUCUUAUUGUCCAAUAUCUUAACUCCUUUGAGCUCUAGUCUACCAUUUUUUAAGGAAAAUAUCAAACUCUUGAUCUACAGGAUAUUCAGCUUUUUUGCCAGUUCAUCACUAACUUUGCCUGUUUGACAUUGGGUUGUUGAAAGGGUUUAUUAGAGCUUUUUGGCUGAGAGUGGCAUAGCUAUACAUUAAAUUCUUAUUGUUUACCUAAAACUAAGAUUAGCUAAACUACAAGCCUAAAGUUAGCUCGGAUAUUUCAGAGCAAAAAGAGCUUUUAUGGUAACAAUUAUGUCUGUGUCCCUCUUGACCCACUAACUCUGUAAUGUCCCCAACCCACUACUUGGUAUAUUGAGCAUAAUUUCUUUGACAUGUGUCCAGUGAUCUUUCCUUUAGCUCUUCUUAAGGUAUUGCAAAUGGUUGUGGGAUAUUUUCAGCAAUUUCCUUUGGUAAAAACAAGAGGAUUAUUUGUACCAAGAACUCUCCCUUCAGUCUUCUGGGCAAUGAGUGUAAAAUUAUGGUUGACGUACAUCUGAGCGCAUGUUUAAAGAUUGUUAAGAUUAGACGGUUUUGUGAAAUUGAGGACAUUGGCAUUAGUCUUAAAUGUGACUGAAGUUAAAUCAUUCUCAAAUCCGAAGUUUGACAGUCUGUGCAGCCAGCCCUGGGUUCCUCAUAGUAAAAAUAUGAACUUUCAAGGUUAGUGGUUUUUCAGGUGAGUCACAAGGCUCACUCCAAAAUGAAACAGAUUGCAUUCUGAAAGUUUUCUAGGACAGAGUAAAUAGUCAGUUCAUAACCUUGCUAUUUCCCUUAAGGUGUAUACUAAGGAACUCACCAUAUCUUGUGCAAAAGAAAACCAAAAUUUAUAAUUUUACUUACAAACUUGAAAAAACUUCCUAUUCAAAAAAGUUAAUAAGCCAGAUAUUAGGGCCGUCUCCUUUAGUCAUAACAUUUCAUCUCAUCUCAAUCAGGUUGAGUUUGUUUUGGGUUUUUUUUCUUGUUUUUUUUCAUAGCACAGCGACCUAAACCUUACCUCACCAUUAAAUAAACUUCUUAACCUCAAAA